AUGGCUACGGCAGCAGAGGAAUCAUCGAGGACCUUUCGCCAUACUUAUCAGGCUGCCCUUGUGCUCGUAUGCACGCUUUUGACGACUGCACUUUAUCGAUUCUUCACCAAAGGACCCUUUAUUCCUCUUUCAUGUUCGAUUCUUGGAAUGCAAUGCGAUCUGCUAUAUGAGAUACCUUUUGAAGGCUAUGUUCACGAAGAUUUCGCAGAGGCCGCGACGGCAUUUAGACAAAACUUUUAUCAAGGAGAAGAUGUUGGAGCCAGCGUGGCAGCGUAUGUGGAUAAUCAACUUGUCCUCGAUUUGCACGGAGGUUGGCAGGAUAUUGAAAACAAGAUUCCCUAUACAUCCAACACUUUACAAAUUGUCUAUUCGAGCACCAAGAUGCUGACUGCCAUUGUGAUUGCACAACUUGUGGAAAAAGGAUACUUGUCGUAUGAUGAAAAGGUCACUCGGUAUUGGCCUGAAUUUGGACAAGGCAACAAGAAGGAUGUCACAUUGGGUGAUUUGAUGCAGCAUGCAGGAGGCGUUGGUUUUCUCGAUACACCCAUCACGUUGGCUGCAACACAAGACCCCGUACGUUUUUCCGAUAUUCUUGCAUCCCAACCUCACAAUUUUGGUGGCAACCGAACACGCAGCUAUCACGCGGCAACACGAGGAUGGUACCUUAACGAGAUCAUCAAGCGCGUCACUCCUGAAAAUGACACUGUCAAUGCAUGGGCCGCGAAACAUAUCAACCCAGUCUACAAGGACAUUGAAUGGCAACUAAAACCUUAUGCAGAAUGCUACGAUGAUCGCAUAGCACCUAUCUACCGUGGCCCUCGUUUACAUCGUUUUUAUCGUAAACUUUUACGGAUCUUUAAGAAUGGAAGGAAGGAGCUAUCGGUCAUGGCUGCCCUCAAUGAUCCAGACUCUCCCGCGCAUAAAACGAUGCGAAGUGUGAUUAUAGGCCUUGGUCGAACGGAUGUAACAAGGCUUGCCUAUCGUCGUCUUGAAAGUCCUUCCUUUUCAGGAUUCACCAAUGCCAAAUCAAUAGCCAAGUUGGCAGCCAUGAUGGCCAACCAUGGUAAAGCCAUUGAUCCCGACGAGCCCGAUUUAUUGAAUUCAACCACGUAUGCUCAUGUCACCGAACCAGUGCCAUUGGACUAUGACAUUCUCAUAGGGCGAUACACCCCUGCACUCAAAGGCGGCUUCGGCGUCAUGGAUGACUUGACAAUGGAUAAUGUGACCUUUGUGGGAUGGACUGGUAUGGGUGGCAGCAUCUUCUUCUGGAACCCGGAGCACAAGAUUGCAUUUGGUUACUGCACCAACUCGAUGGCCUCCUUUAAUCCAGCCGAUGAUAGAAGCAUGUCCAUUUUACGUGCAAUUGUCAAGCAAGUGCUCAAGUCACGUUAA